AUGUUCCAGGGCACGGACGCCGAGGCAGGCCGACCUGGGUCCAGGGCCAUGAAGCCCCCAGGAGGAGAAUCCAGCAAUCUUUUUGGAAGUCCAGAAGAAGCUGUUCCUUCAAGCAGGCCUAAUAGGAUGGCAUCGAAUAUUUUUGGACCAAGUGAAGAACCUCAGAAUGUACCCAAGAGGACAAACCCCCCAGGAGGUAAAGGAAGUGGUAUCUUUGACGAAUCAACUCCUGUGCAGACCCGACAACGUCUGAACCCACCUGGUGGGAAGACCAGUGACAUUUUUGGGUCCCCAGUCACUGUCACUUCACCCCUGGCACACCCAAACAAGCCCAAGGAUCACGUGUUCUUAUGUGAAGGAGAAGACCCAAAGCUGGACCCUAAAGCUGCAGUGAGCACCUCUAUCCGAGAAGAAUCGGGAGACAAAGGCAGCUCGAGAGGAGCAGACCACACCAAGACGCCUGAGCCCACAGCCACAGCUGACAGCCAUGAGCUCAGGCUGGGGUCAAGGCCUCGCUCCAACAAGGUCCUGAACCCACCGGGAGGCAAAUCCAGCAUCUCCUUCUACUAA